CACAUUGGGUUCUCCUCACCUGACUCUGGUUAUCUCCUUCCCAGAUUAUCAUCAGAUCUGCUUCGGAUUAGGGUUUCAGGAUCCCUAUGUUUCCAUCAAUUUCUUCCGAAUUCCCCAUUCCACUUUCAAUUCUCACCUCCAAAUCUUCUCCAACUCGUAAUAUUUCCUCUUUGCAAAUGCGUUUUCUUCGAAUCUGAGAAAAAUGGAGACACAGAGGAUCACAGAAUUUCCACACAAGAACAUGGACAAACGCCCGAGGAAACGUCCUCGCUUGACCUGGGACAUGCCUCCUCCCCUUCCCCCUCCCAAGGUUGUUUCUUUGCCUUUGCUUGUGAAUCUUCAUGUUGUGCAGGUUGUUCCGGGGAUGUAUUGCAGUCAGGAGUUUGUGUCUAACUACCCCUACUCGUCUCUUUUCUACAAGGGAGUCACUCGCAAUGGAUCACCGCCUUGGAGGCCUGAUGAUAAGGACGGCCAUUAUAUUUUUGCCAUUGGAGAAAAUUUAACUCCGAGAUACAGGAUUAUCAGCAAGAUGGGUGAAGGGACAUUUGGGCAAGUGCUGGAAUGCUUUGACAAUGACAAGAAAGAAGUUGUGGCAAUUAAAAUUGUUCGUUCAAUACAUAAGUACCGUGAAGCUGCAAUGAUUGAAAUUGAUGUGCUACAGAAGCUUGCCAGGCAUGAUGUUGGAGGCACUCGUUGUGUGCAAAUACGGAAUUGGUUUGACUAUCGUAAUCAUAUUUGUAUUGUCUUUGAGAAGCUUGGACCAAGCUUAUACGAUUUUCUCCGCAAAAACAGCUACCGUUCUUUUCCUAUUGAUCUUGUUCGGGAGCUUGGCAGACAACUUUUGGAGUCUGUAGCAUUUAUGCAUGAUUUACGCCUUAUCCACACUGAUCUGAAGCCAGAAAAUAUUCUUCUUGUUUCUUCAGAUUACAUCAAAGUGCCAGAUUAUAAGUUUCUAUCGCGGACUAUUAAAGAUGGUUCCUAUUUCAAGAAUCUGCCUAAGUCAAGCGCCAUUAAGCUCAUUGAUUUUGGGAGUACAACAUUUGAACACCAGGAUCACAACUAUGUGGUGUCAACAAGACAUUACCGUGCACCAGAGGUUAUUUUGGGCCUUGGAUGGAACUACCCUUGUGAUCUAUGGAGUGUAGGAUGCAUACUUAUUGAACUUUGCUCAGGGGAGGCCCUUUUCCAAACACAUGAGAACUUGGAACAUCUUGCAAUGAUGGAGAGGGUGUUGGGACCUCUGCCCCAACAUAUGGUGCUGAGAGCUGACCGCCGUGCUGAGAAAUAUUUCAGGAGAGGUGCACGAUUAGAUUGGCCCGAGGGUGCAACCUCUAGAGAAAGCAUGAGAGCAGUUUGGAAAUUGCCCCGUCUUCAGAACCUUGUAAUGCAGCAUGUGGAUCACUCUGCUGGUGAUCUGAUUGAUCUCUUGCAAGGGCUGCUAAGAUAUGACCCAGCGGAGCGGCUUAAAGCAAGGGAAGCUCUCAGACAUCCUUUUUUCACAAGGGAUGUGAGAAGAUGUGGCUACCCCUUGUAAUUGAAAGCCAUCGACCACAAUUAGCAUAAAGCCACUGCAUAAAGAGAUUGAUUCAUGUGUUCUCCCAGUCUGAUCCCACCUCUUUCCUCUCUAUCAAAGGUUGGUCGCCCGUGAGUUACCCUGUAAGCCCUCUCUUUAUCCCUGGUCUCCAUGUCAAAGGAAGUUGGGUGUUUCAAGUCCAAAGGUAAGCAUUUUUCCGGAUGAUUAUGAUUAUUUAAUUGGGAAGUGGUUAUUUAAUUGGGAAUCAUUCACUCAAGCUGCCUUUCAACGCAGGUGGGCAAUACUAAUAGGAGUAUUUUACUUUUGACACUGUUCUGUGCAAUAACUAGUUUAAGGUUGACACUGUUUUGGCAUAAAUUUAUGGAAUGGUCCUGGUUGAAUAUAAAAAGCGUUAGAUAUUCAAUGCAAUAAUAGAAUAAGGUUUGAAUUCCUCGAA